AUGGAGCAGAGCCCCAUGGUGGUGAUCCUGCUGUGUGCCCUGUGCAUUCCAGCGGCGCUUCCCUCGGGCGUGGGGUCCAUCCCGCUGGGGCUGAAGCCCAUGGUGCUGGUGAACUCCACGCCCUGCAGCGUCACCUGCGGGCUGGGCGUGAAGCAGGAGCAGCUGUGCGAGGUGAGCCCGGCCGGGGAGCGCCGCAACUGCUCCCUGGUGCGCUCGCGCUGCCUCAGCGAUUGGGUCUGCGGCCUGCAGCACCUCAGCGUUGCCGAGGGAAAGCCCCUCCGGCUCACCUGCCUCUCCCGCGACGCCGCCAGCCUGGAGGGACCCAAUUUCGGCUACACCUGGAAGUUCGCCCGGGGGCUCAUCACCACCAACGACCUCCUGUUCCAUCCCUUCAGCAAUCCCAGCCGUUCCCUGAGCUUCUCGCCGGUGCUGGAGUCGCAUUCCGGCACCUACCGCUGCGACGUGCAGGUGCUGAGCUCCUUCCAGCUCGUCAAGAGGAUCUACUUCGGCCUCAGGGUGAUCCCCAGGGAUCUGGUGAAUCUGGACUUCGAGAAAUCCCUGACUUGGGAGCAGCAGCUGGCGGCCAAAGGGUUGGAAGUGCCGGAAAACGCCACGGGGCCCCGGGAGCGGCGGGAGCGUUUUUGGGAGAAGCAGUGGUUUUCCGAGGUCGUGCUGGGAAUUGGGAGCGGGGUGAUCAUGGGGACCGUGUUCGGCCUCGGGCUCUGCUGCCUGGGCAGGGUUUGCGGGAAAAGAGCAGCACGAGAAAUGAACGGAGAUUGA